CUCUGGUAUAUCUGAUACUGACGGAGCUUCUUCUUCUUCACCAACUAUGUUAGCUUCUUCCUUCUCUGUCUCCGAUACUUCCUGCUGCCAGUUUUCAUCUUCGCCAUCUUGGCCAUCCAGGUAUUCUGAGUCACUAGAGCUUGACUGUUCAGACUGCUCAAUGCCAUAUGUUCCCUUUGGCUGUAACUGUAGCCUAGAGUAG